GGUCAGUCAAUCAGAUAUUUGAGCAACUUGUAGAAACUGAGCUAAGGACUACCGGAUGAUUCUUGCUCGUUUCUCGUUGUGUUUUCUGUGGAUGCUUUUACGCUCUCGGUCCCAAGAAUCCGUUGAAGGUCGUGAUCUAUUAACCAAGGAGACCACAAGAGCACUCACUCACUCUACACGAGACGUCAAGUUUCUUCGCCGGAAUUCGUGUCACGUCGUCCUCCUCGGAUGCAGUUUCGGUUUCGAUUGCGGCCGAAAGAAUAACAGUUCGUCUAUUUUUUUGGGUUAGAGGGCGGGGGUGACAUCCGAGCCCAUACAAAAACAUUCCACCCGAACAGCAAAAACAAAAGAGCCCUGCAUCCGUAUCUAUCCGGGAAAAGUGCACAAGGUUGCCAGCUCGUCCGCUCCGAAGAUAGAAUGGAACCACGUUAGGAGCAUACGCUUUUCCUUGCUCCGAUUCGCUUGUCGCCGGCAUUCGGACUCCAGAAAUAGAUUUCCAUCGGCGCAAAUAUAGCUCCCUGAGCACUGGCCCGUGCUCCCACAUAGAGCCCCCACACAGAGAGAGGAGCACGGAACGAACGCAGCUUAUUAUGCAGCCGACGUCGUUGACCCUAUCCAUGCCUAGUCCUUAUCACAACUUGAUGCACAGCGACCUCCCUCGACCUAGCGACUUUCCCGUAGUCUGGUCGUGGUCUAGCCAAUGAUUUGCCACCGGUCAAGGACUCUGCGUUCCCAAAUCAUGUGCUCGUCACAGCUCUGGGCAAAACACGGAGCCCGCAACAUCUGCAUUUGCUUCUGCUUCGGUCUGCGAGAUCCAAAUCACAGCACCGAGUUGUGCGGAUGAUGGACCCAGGUGGCUGGGAGGAUAUUUUGGGAGAGCCGAUCAUGGGAGCUGCGAUGCUGUGCAUGGGAUGGGGAAGGAGCACAGCUGCAGUCAAAAGAUUUUCGGCAUUGGGUUCUCUCUCGGUGCCAUGCCCUUGGGGCUGGCAACGGAGCAGGUGGAGGCAGAAUGCUUCAACAUCAUCGGGGCACAUGGAAGGCCGUGAAUAGAAUUUCCAUAAUUUGCAAAUUGGAGCAGGAGCAGGAGGAGUUGAAGGGGAAUUCAUGAGCUGCUAAUCUCGUCUCACAAUUGGAAUGGUCAGCUCGUACGGUUGGUUAUAUUUGCAAGGAGAGAUUUCCAUCUCCUCCUCGGGUAAUGGUAAGAAAAUCCGUGGCAUAUGUAGAUAUGGUCAAGGAUUCUCGUCAUCAAUCUCCACAAACUUGUAGCGUUCCAUCCUUUCUCAUAUGAAGCUGCUGCAUCUGCUGCUGCUUCUUGCAAGCCAGCGAGGCCAUCGCCUAUGAGAGUCUGAUUCAGUUCCAUCUGCAGAACUGAUCGAGAAAAAGUAUUGGAGUAUCGGAGAGAGCUCAAUGCGAGACGAAGAAGAUAUCCCAUUAGCUCAGAGACCUGAAUGAUGAAAUAUUUCGACAAGGAGCAAUACAAAGCAGCAGGCUCUUCAGGCCAGGAGAAGACGAGGAGGAGGAGUGACUGAAGCAAGGAAGGAAGGAAAAAGAGGAAGAUUAUAUCACCACCACCUCCUCGCGCGAGGAAACAUGGCGCUAUCAGAACUGACCUCCAUGGGAUCAGUCAUCAUCACUUUGGGAUCGAAAAUCCAAACGCUCGGAGGCGAAUGGUACAAGCCAUCGGGAGCAUGGGCAAGCUUUCCUCGGCAGCUCGAGCAUCUGCGCAGAAAGCACUUGGACUUGGUGUCCAAUCUGAGCAGGCAUGUGAUGCUCCAGGAGAGCUGCGAUCCUAAGCUGAUCGACCAGAUGCUGUACGUUCGAUCCCUGCUCGAAAGCGAGGUGUCCAAAUUGAAGACUCAGAAGAGAGCUCGCUGCUCUGGCUGCUUCCCCAAGCUGAGCUUGAUUCCUUUCCCGGAGCCCGUGCUCCGGAGCGUGCAGGGCGUGAUCACCAUGUUCGACGGGCUCAUCGCAACAUUCCGACCACGAGAAGACAUUCCCCGAUCAGUGCUGAGAGCCAGCCCGAGACUGAUCCAACAAAUGGCACCUCCCCUGCCCAAGGACAGUCGGCACGUCCACUACGAGGUGCUCGAGUCCGGCGUCUGCCAGGCGCUCGAGGACCCAUCGAAACCCGCAGUCAUCCUGCUCCAUGGCGACGGAGGCCAAGGCAAGACAGUGGCGGCCAGAAACAUAGCCGCAUAUUACAGAGAGAAGGCCAAAGCUCCAGCGCCUGCAGCAUCGGGCGAGGAAAGCUUCAGCUUCGAGCAUGUGGCCUUCGUGGAGUGCGGCCCUGAGGCCGACUCCGCGGCCAAGCACUUCGAGGUGCUGCGCGACAUGGGAAUCGAGGGCGAGGUCUCGCCCGGAGAAGAGCAGGGCACCUACGGCCGCGGCGGCGACGUCUCCAUCCGCCAUCAGCUCGCGGGGCUCCUCAAAGACAAGGCCGUGCUCAUCAUUCUGGACGACGUGUGCGACACCGACAUCCUGCAGAGCUUCGUCGACCUGUUCGGCACAGGCGUCAAGUGCCUCGUGACCACGCAGGACGAGAGCUUGUGGCUCGACUCCUACAUGAUCGAGAUGACCGUCGGCCCCGACGACGCCAGGCGCAUCCUCGCCAGCCAUGUCGGCCUGCCCGGCCAAGUCAUCCCAUUCCAUCUCAAGGAAAUCGCAGACAGGUUAAUCGACGAGACGGAGGCGCAUCCUUUAGCGCUGGCGACGCUGGCGAAUGCGAUCAGCACGAGGAGGGCGUCGGACAUCCAGGAGUGGGUGGACGCGGAGAGAGACGUGCUGAAGCUGCUGCACUACGUGGAGGAGACGGCGCCGAACUUGAACAAGAAGUAUCCGAGGACGUUCUGGGCGUCGAUGAAAGUGUGCGUGGGAUCGAUGCCGGAGGAGGCGCAGAAGCUGCUGCUGCUGGCGGCCAUGUGCGAGGGGCCCUCGGUGCCGGAGGAGGUUCUGAGAAUCAUGUGCGAGAGCACCAAGCUGCUCGGGGGCGCCGCCUUCAAUAAGCUCCGCAACGACCUGGAGCAGAAGUCGCUGGUGGUCAUCGAGACGCAGGUCCUCCCGUGGGCCGACGCCAUCUCGCAGCUCACGCAGCGCAGAUGGUCGCUGCACCGGCUGCAAAAGCAGUUCCUGCGCCACGAGAUGAGCCAAGAGGCCGAGGCCUUCGCCGCCAUGUUCCUGGGCGAGAGCGGCGGCGACGACACCGACGCGCUCGACAGCGAAGACGCCAAAUUGUUCAAAGUCCUCUGCGCGCUCUACUUCGAGAAAUCUCUGGCCAAGCGCGCGGCCGCCAAGUGGGGCAUCUCCUUCAAGAACUUCAGCGAGCGUCGCCGCCUCGCCAUCGAGCCCCUGGCCUGGCUCAUCCAGAACCACAGCGACCAAUCCUCGUACCUCAUGGCCAGAAAGGUGCUGCUGGAGUACAUCUGCAAUGAGCAAGCGGAGGACAAGGACGUGGCGCGGCUGCUGCGGAUGCCGCGCUCGGCGGCGGCAACGUGCUGGGCGCUGGAGACGAUGUGGUGGAUCACGGAGCAGGCAACGGUCGGGGCCGAGGAGCAGAGCGUGCUGGCGGCGCUGGUGCAUCUGCUGGGCGAAGGCGUGGACCGGAACUCGCGCGAGAAGGCGCUGCGAGUGCUGGUGAACGUGGCGGCCAAGGCCUCGGCCAGCCAGCGCAUCCGGCUGGCGGCGCACCCGGGCGUGCUCGAGGGCCUCGUGGGCGUGCUGAACCGGUUCCAGACCGAGGCCGAGAUCGUCAACCUGUACACGCAGCAGGCGCUGGCGACGCGUGUCUUCAACUUCCUGGCCAGCGAGGAGGACAACAAGGCGCGCAUCGUCGACUUCCCGUUCGCGCUCGACGCGCUGGUGCGCUGCAUCCUCAAGGACGACGCCGUGGCGUCGCCCGAGCUCCAGGCGCACGCCGCCGUGACCGUCGCGAUCGUCGCGCGCGCCAACGCGACGCAGACUAAGCGCAAGACGGUGGAGUUCCCGGGCGUGCUCGGCGGGCUCGUGAAGCUGCUCAACAAGGACGAGGCGCCGCACGCGCAGCAGUGCGCGGCCUCGGCGCUGGCCUACCUCUCGGUCAACGUCGGGGAGCACAACAACCGGCGCAUCGCGCAGUACCCGUACGCGCUGUCGGGGCUGGUGAAUCUGCUGUUCAAGGAUCAGAGCCCCGGGGCGCAGAUGUGGGCGGCCUGGGCCCUGACGAAUCUGUCGGUGGAGGAGAAGAACCGGCGCGACAUCGUCGACUUCCCCUACGCGCUGCCGCGGUUCGUCCGGCUGCUGGGCAAGGACGAGAGCCCCGACGUGCAGAAGUGGUGCGCCAGCGCUCUGGCCAUGCUCGCGCUCGACGAGCAGUGCAAUCGCAAGAUCGCCGAGUUCCCCGACGCUCUGGCCGCGCUCGUCAACCUGCUGUACAAGGACAAGGCCCUGCAGGUGCAGACGUGGGCGGCCUGGGCUCUGUCGAAUCUCUCCGCCGACCCUCAGACCAUGGCCCAGAUCUCCAAGUUCCCCGAUGCCGUGAGACGGAUCAAGGAGUUGACUCUGCAGCCUUGAGGAGUUCGAGUUCCACCCGCCCCUCCCUCGGUCGCCGUCGGCCUCCUUCCAUGUACAUAGACAGGCACGAAUCUGAGCCACUGAAAAUCUUCUUGUGUUCACAGCUCUGUCUCGGCUCAGGCAGAGGCAAGCACCAGAUUGUAUGCAGAUUUGGCCGCUUAGGAUCCUCCACCCAUGGCCAAUCUGUCGAUCCAGCUCCACAGAAUGGCUCACGUCUCGAGUAUUAGAGUUUUUUUCUCUGUCAGCAUCUCGGUGAGGGCUGGCUAGAAGAUAGGCGGACCCAGACCACUACAAGUCUGUUCUACGAGAUUUGCAACCAUGUUUGGCAGAUGUUUCAUGUAAAAAUUGCACCCUUAUAUUCUCUAAUUGCCAGUUACAGCUGAUGUAUCAGUAAUCAAUAAGUAAAGAACCGGCCUCCAGACACAAGUAAACCUCUGUCUAAUACCAUCUUCGAUCAAGGUGUAGCAUGCCGUGAGUGGGUAACAUUUACACCCUGUCAGCUCAGGGUGGGUCGCAAGUGUCGAAAGCAUUUCGGAGGUGAGCGACUACUUGGUCUGAAAGUCAAGCAAAAAUGCAUGCCAUGUCAACGAGGAGAAGAUUCCGGCAUAAACCGAGCACGUGAACACUAAUCCAAAAGUUCAUUCACAUGACGAUGUACUGUUGGGGUCGGCGUU